ACUCUGAACAGACUUACAUUAGUUUUUUGUUUAUGUUGGGAAGUCGUCGGAAAAUUCGGCUGUUUUCUGUGUGCGGCGCAAUGAAAAGCUGCUAAAAAGCUAAAUAUAAAAAUCAGCGCAGCGCGCGGCCGUCUGUCGGUGCAUUGUUUUGUAAGUGCAGUCAGCAGGCAGCAGCAGCAGCAGUCGUUUGGGAAAAAUUAUGUGAAGCAGAAACGCAGUUUUUGUUUGUGUAUGCGUAUGUGUAUGUGUAUGUGUGUAUGUAUAUUGUGUUCUUUAUGUACUGUGUGUGCAAUGAAACUGGAAAACCAUUAUUAUUAAUGAAAACGCUUGAAAUGUACAACGCCAACGAACAACUCCUCCCACUUGUACGUGUGCCUGUGCGGGGUGCACAUUGAAGGGUGUUUGAGUGUGUGUGCCUGUGUGUAUGAGUGUGUGUGUGUGCGUGUACGAUAAGACUUGUAUUUGAGGACAAUUUGUGAAUAUAAGUCCAUAUGUAUGUGUGUGUAAAUGCCAAAGAGGGCGACGAGUAAUAUGCACACACAUUAAUAACGUCAAAAAAAAGGUCAAAAGUUAAAUUGAACAGGACCAAGGCGCCUCAAUGUAAGAAGACAGAGGCAGGCAAGGCAGGCAGGCAGCUAGAACGAGUGCGAGAGAACAAGCUUUGCUGUGUGUGUGCGUGUGUGUGUGUGUAUGUGUGUGUGGAUAGGAGGAACAAAGACGGAGAGCACAAGAAACGGCCGGGUGAAAAACCCCGAGCGAGUAAAAGCAACAGCAGCAGAGGAAGGCAAAAACAAAAGACUGCUAAAAGCUAAACAACAACAACAAUAAUAAUAAACAUAAAACGAAUAUGUCGGCGUCGGAGCUUGAAGCUGAAAGUUCCGCACAGGAGCAGCACCCGCAACAACAGCAACAAGAACAUCAUCAAAAUGAAAACACAACAAGCAACAACAACAACAGCACUGCCAAUGAUGCUGAAUCAACCAACUAUGGGGGUGAAUUGGAUGAAACCAUUGAGACACUGACAUCAAGCAACAAUUAUAGCAAUAAUAUGGAGCAACAUAUGCAGCAGCAGCAACAGCAGCAGAUGCAACAGCAACAACAAAUGGAACAGCAGGGCGAUCUAGGUAUGGGUAUGACAAUGAUGCAAUCAUCGCCACCACCACACAGCUAUCGACACUCGCGGGCAUAUCGACACUUUAAGAACCCGCCGCAGCCACACAUGUGCAUACGAACCACAACAGAGACCGGCGAGGAGCUGUUCAUCAAUGUGCUAAGCUGGACACGCAUUGUUAUACCCCAGGAGCCCAGUGAUCCCAUACCCUUGUAUGGAGGCAUGCGCGUGCCGCCUGGCAGUCCGCGCAGUCCACCCAUUGUAUUCGCCGUUAUGGCCAAUCCUGAGGUGCUCAAAGAUUCUGGACGCCACAGCAAGGAUCCAGAGGAACGGCGCGCAAUGGUUGAGCUAAUGUGCGACUUUGUCGAGGCUAUGAAUCCCGGCGUGAAACUAGUCAGAAACGCCGUCAUACUCAAGGAUCGUGACAUUUCGGGUGAGCUGAAAGACGUGUGGAAUGCUGUGCAGGCGCAGCGGGAUCGCGAGCGCGAGGAGCAAAUGCUGCAGCAGCGUCAACAGCAGCACUAUCAGAAUAUCACCACACAACAGAUGUUUCCCAAAUCACCGGAUGCGACGCGUGCGGGCGGCUCAACAACACAAUCGAAUGCGGCUGAGAUCGGCUUGCCACCAGCUUACAAUGCGGAUCUGAUGCCGGCGGAACACGGCAAUGGCAUUACACUGGCCGUCUUUGCACAGCAGCUGGACAACAAGGUGGCCAGUGAGCAGUUGGAAGAGCAGCAACAGCAGCACCAGCAGCAGCAACAGCAGGAACAACAACAGUUGGGUAGCAAUGAAACAGCGAAUUUGAACAGCGAAUGCAAUACCGAUCAAACGGAUGCGGGUGGCGUUAUCAGUGGCAUCAAUGGCUCGCCGCCCGCCUUGGAAAAUCAAUCGGCGCCGGAGCAGCACACACAGGAGGCGGAAAGCAAAUCUGCUGUGUCCACUGCUAGCAAUGGCAGCAGUACGCCCACAAAUACACAAACAGCGCCAACGCCAGCAGCUGCUGCUGCUGCUGUUUCUGCCGCUGCAGCUCAGCCCAUAGCCACGCCUCCCGCACCCACAGUAACGCCCACCCCAGCAGCGCCAGUUAAGAAGGAAAAGCUUGGCGGCUUCUUGCCCAACGGUUGCAUUUUCCCGCGUUUCAAAAACAACAAGCACAAGGAUAAGGAUAGCAAUCACAAGGAGAGCAAGAGCAAAGAGAAGACGCUGCUAAAUGCACUGAAGAAGAGCAAGGAGAAGAAGGUGGCGCCCAGCGAGCAAACAGCCAGUGACAAAACGGGGGACAAUGGUACCACCCAGUACGAAAAGAACUGCAUCAAUAAUCUCGAGUGCGAGGUGCAGAAGCUCGAUCUGAAUAGCAGCAACAACGAUAACAACAUGUUCAUCAAGCUGAAAGUGGCGCCCAGUGCAACAUCAGCAGCGGCUGCUGCCGCCAAGUAGUUAAGUAUACAAAAAGGAUACAAAAUAUAUAAACCACAACUUUGGUAAGUAAGUAAGAGGAACGUAAAUAGUGUCGAUUAACGAAAAGCGAAACGACUAGCAGAGAAAACUACCCAAAACUAGCACUUCACUAGCACCUAGGCGUAUUUAGAGUCGUGGACGUUUAGCAUAUAUACAAGAUUUACAUAUAUAUAUAUAUAUAUAUAUA